AUGACUGUCUCCGACAAACUACCAGCCCUCCACGGCAUCAUGGUCGCCCUGAUCACCCCCUUCACAGACGAUAAGACUCAGAUCGACGCACCGAGACUCAAAGCCCACCGCAACACACUCACGGAGCUCUGCGUGGAAUGCGCCGCAGGCCGUGUCCCCGUCGUGUCAGGGACUGGGAGUCCUUCGAGCGACGAGGCCGUGGAUCUGGCUCGUCAUGCAGCACAAGUGGGUGCCGCCGCCGUGAUGGUCGUUCCGCCGUUCUAUGACCCAUUGAAUGUGGAAGAGUUGACGGAGCUGAUGGCUGAAAUUCGCGACGCGAGUCAACCGCCUAUCCCUGCUGCCAGUGGCUUGACGCUCUCCCCGCGACGGAUUGCGGAGCUCAGCAAGGUGGGAGUGAAAUAUCUCAAAGACACUUCGGGGGAUGUGACAACCGCGGAAGGCACAUUGAAUAUCUUCCAUGGCGAUUUCGGAUCCAGGGGUAUCGCCAUCAUCCGGGAGAUCACAUGGUCUUGA